CAAUUGUAUUGGUUUCAUCUUUAUCUUCUUCUUUUUGCCACCACCAUAGUUAUUCUCAGUCUCAUUCCUCCAUAUAUAGAUUUUGUUCCUCAUUGUUCAAAUCCCUCUCUCUUCUUCCUCUUUCUCUUUUAAUGGCUGAAUCCAACCAUCGAUUCUGUAUUUCCCUCAUAACAGCCAUGGAUCAUCUCUGGUUUCACCAUGUAAUCCUCAUCGCAGAACCCACUUCACUAGUUGUUCUGAAAGCACACUCACAAACACCAGACCAUUCUUUAUCAGCUUCAUCUCCGGUUUCUCCACUGGUGGAAGGUUGCAACGAUGAAGCCAAAGCAAAGGAAGUGGAAUUGAAAGAAAGACCAACAAGAUUGAAUAUUACAGCAGGCAGAGGCCGCCGGUCACAGUCUUCUUCACCGUUAAGUCUAAAACGUCCAAGAAAUUUAAGACGCUGGGGCUCGACGAUUGCACUGCAGAAGUGGACGAGCUGCAGGAGCCUGUGGGAUCUGGAGCUUGAAGAAGUGAAAGGGUUUAUGGAUCUUGGAUUUAUAUUCACGAAAGAGCAUUUAAACCCUCAAAUGAUAAGCGUUAUCCCCGGUUUGCAAAGAGCUAUUGGAAGUUUCAAAAACAAAAACAACAGUGAGAAAAUUGAUAAAGAUGAUGAAAUUGAUCAUGAAGAAAAGGAAUAUGAACAUGAGAAAGGUAUCAUAAGACCAUAUUUGUCAGAGGCAUGGCUAAUAAAGAGACCCGAUUCACCGCUUCUAAAUUUAAGAUUUCCAAGAGUCAUUGCUGCAGCUGAGAUGAAGAAGCACUUAAAAUUCUGGGCUAAAACUGUUGCAUCAGAAGUUCAGCAAGAAUGUUAACAAUGAAAAAUCAACAACCAGUCUUAAGAAUAGAUUGAGCACUGUAAAAAGAUUAUAUAUGUUGAAUGAAAGCAUAAAUAAGCAAAGGUUUUCCGAA